AUGAAUGGUAAAAUUACUUAUAAAUACUCUGAAAAAUUACCUCGAAAAAAAGCAGAAAGAAAGCGAUAUUUAGCAGAACCUUGUCGUGAGUGUAAAGGGUAUUUUGAUUGUUUGCCUUCACCCGAUCGUCAUAUUCAAAAUAAUUGCAAACAUAGGACAAAAUAUAAAACUAAACCUACACCUGACCAUUUCUGGGAGAUUGAUUUUCCCGAUACACCUACUCUUGUCGAACGAGGAUAUAUUACGGAAACAAAAACUUUGGAUCAAGUUCAAAAAGAAGAAGAAAUUGUCAAAAAAAAUACUUUACUUAAAAAACAACAGUUGUUAUCAAAUAUGAAUCGAGAGUCUGCUUCUCCGGGUCAUUCAAAGUGGGAAAAAGAAGACGAGGAUGAUUUUAAUUGUUGGAGAACAAUAUUUAAAACACCACCGAAUGCCGAAAAUAAAAAAUUAAAGAUGGAUACGGAAACAAAAUCUAUAGAUGACGAAGAACCGUUACUACAGGACUAUCCCGAUCGAUUCGUGACAUUUCCCAUCCAGUUCAAAGACAUUUGGGAUAUGUAUAAAAAAGCAGAAGCGUCAUUUUGGACAGUCGAAGAAGUUAAUUUAUCGCAUGAUAUUUCGGAUUGGGAAAACAAAUUAAAAUCCGAAGAGAAGCAUUUUAUUUCUCACGUAUUGGCUUUUUUUGCAGCUAGUGAUGGGAUAGUUGUCGAAAAUUUAGUGGAGCAGUUUACAAGACGAGUUAAAGUGACAGAAGCGAGAAAUUUUUAUUGUUUUCAAAGCAUGAUCGAAAACAUACAUUCGGAAAUGUACAGCAUGUUGAUUGAAACUUUAAUUCGUGACCCUAUAGAAAAAUUAAAACUGUUUCGAGCCAUAGAAACUUUAGAUUGUGUCAAGAAAAAAGCCGAUUGGGCUUUACGAUGGAUUCGAGAUCCUUCGUGUACAUUCGGUAAACGAUUAGUGGCAUUUGCUGCCGUGGAGGGAAUUUUCUUUUCUGGAUCUUUUGCAGCUAUUUUUUGGCUAAAAAAACGAGGUCUUAUGCCUGGAUUGGGUUUCAGUAACGAAUUGAUUAGUAGAGAUGAAGGAUUACAUUGUGAUUUCGCCUGUCUUCUUUUGAAUCGGUACGUUAAACAUCGACCGGAUUCAAAAACAAUUCAUCAAAUUAUUUCUGAUGCGGUGCAAAUCGAACAGGAGUUUUUAACGGAAGCUCUACCGGUGUCUUUAAUUGGUAUGAAUGUAAAGUUAAUGAAACAAUAUAUCGAGUUUGUAGCCGAUCGCUUACUUUCCGAGUUAGGUUGUGAUGAUGAAUAUAAAUAUGGUGUCGAAAAUCCAUUUGAUUUUAUGGAAAAUAUAAGUUUAGAAGGUAAGACGAAUUUUUUCGAGAAACGAGUUGGAGAAUACGCAAAAUUUCACACUGGCAAAAACAAUGCCGAGCAAUUUAAAUUUACGCUCGAUGCAGAAUUUUAA